AUGUCUGCGAUACCUGACGGCAUGGCGCCUAUCAAAACCCCCGCCAACCUUCCGGAACUCGUACGGUCCACCUUCAACCGCGCGCGCGCCAGCGGGGAUGUGCACUUCUUUCCGACCCAAGUCACCCUCGUCAACGUCAACUCAAUACCAUUCCAACUGCGCUUCUCCCCCGCCCUCGCCUCCAAACCGCGCGCCCCUCAACCACCCCCCCCCUCCACCGACGCCUCGCUUCAAACUCAAAGCUCGACCGAAAAGAAACCCUUCUUCGACCCCUUCGACAACCCGCCCGCCGCCAUGCUCAUCACCCAGCUACCUCCUUCCCACAACCUCGUCCUCAACAAGUUCGCCAUCGUCCCCGAGCACUUCAUCCUCGCGACGCAGGCCUUCAAGGAGCAGACACACUUGCUAGAAAAAGCCGACCUAGAGGCGGCGUACGCUUGUAUCGAGGCUUACCAUCAAUACCAUACCCGUGCCCCCGAUAACGACACCAAGAUUGCAGCAAGCGGAGUCGUAAAUGAUGGGAAUGGGUCGGGGGAACUGUUCGUCUUCUUCAACUCGGGCGCGGCGUCCGGGUCGAGCCAGCCGCAUCGCCAUAUCCAGAUGCUGCCUGUGGAUUGGAUGCGGGAGGGGUUGAGUGGGGAGGAGGAGGCUGCGUGGGCGGUGCUGGCGGGCGGGUUGAUGGAUGAUUCGGUCAGAGGGAGAGUGCCGUUUCAGACGUUUGCCGAGAAGAUUGGGAAAGGUGUGGACUUGAGUGGGGUGUAUGGCAGGCUGUAUCGGCGGGCGUGUGAGGCUGUGUUGGGCACUGAAGGGCCCGAAGUGGAUGGUCAGACGGGAGAGGAAAGGGAGGCACGGGUGGAUUAUAAUCUUGCUAUGACGAGGAAUAUCAUGGUGAUCGCGCCGCGGGUGACAGAGGGGGAGGCGGUGACUGCCGUUGGGGAUGAUGGGGAGAGGAAGGUGUUGGGCAAGCUGGCGUUGAACGGGACGGUGCUGGCGGGUACGGCACUGGUUAAGAGCCAGGCAGAGUGGGAUGCGCUGCGGGCCGAGCCGGAGCAGUUGCUGGAGAUUUUGGGGCGGAUAGGCGUGCCGACGAUUCGGGCACCGUCCGCACGGUUUGGUGUGGGAGCGGAUGUAUAA